UGGAGUGCAAGGCUGAUAAGAAAAUAUACGAUGGCCUGCUUGUGUGCCAUGCUGUUUCACGUCACUCGAUCUAAUUAACGGAAUUAAAUAAUAACAUGUGAACUUCCUAUGUAAACACCUGCGGGGCUUAAGUUCACUAUUGUCACCUCUUAUGUGGCGGUGUUGGUGACGAUGUUUACCGGUGGUUCCCAUGUCGCUGGCUGGUGUGUGUGUGGCUCCGGACAUUGUACUCUUCCUCCCUUCCCCUCCCAGGCCUACAACUUUCCCUUUGUGCCAACUCAUUCAUUAUGCACGACCAGGAAAGUAAGUUUCCAUUUAGUCUGAUGUUUGGGUCACGCGGUGGGAAAGUCUCCCUCUAGACUAUUAGGGGCAGACAGUGUGUGUUAUCACGUCCCUUGUGGUCAACUGAUGGCCACUAUGGAGUUUCACAAGCGGGCGUUAUUACCCCCUUGUCUACCUCUUCAUUACGACCCCCUAGAGUUUGUCGCAAACUCAAAUGCGUUCAUAAACAAAGUGAGUCAUCCUAGAAAAAUCAGUGUACUUGUGUAUUUCUGUUUGCCAAACACAUGUCGAAAAUAUUAGGCAGACAGUCCUACGAAAUGUUCCACUCAUUCUCUGUCCCAUCCCAAGAUGCCAGUGAGGCGUAGCCAAUAGGAGGCGCCCGAGGUGGACGACAGCCAAUCAACGAAAAGAUUUGUUAAAAGAGAGAGAUGAUGCCGACAUGACAACCAAUGCGGAGCGCCCUCGUGCGCGAAGCCCCUCCCAUCGCGCCGAGGCCCCGCCCCAUUGGCUCGCUUGUAUGGAGUUAGUGGAGGACGUGUUGUGUGUUGUUAGUCUUGUGUAUGUCGGACACCAGUGACCAGUUGUGUCUACUGUGUUGGCCAGUGACCGCCCGGUGGCCAGUGUCGAUGGGAUGUGUAAUUAGUGAGAGUAACACUUUGCAAGGUACACAUCACUGAGGUGCCAUAGACCAGGCCUACGUACGGCAGUGGACUGUAUUCAUCCUAUAAGGACUGCAGUCUGCACACAACACCAUGUCAGCCUACACCCAAUUCGGCUACACCUACCCCACGGCAGCCUCCCAGCUGCUGGUGGGGCAAGGCGGAGGCGGCACAGGCGGCUCGGGCUGCUGUGAGGGCGGCCGCACCAUCAUGACGGACCCGGUGAGCGGCCAACCCGUGUGUUCCUGCCAGUACGAUCGCCUCGCCAUUGGCUCCUACUCCAGAAUCGGCUCAAGCCUGGGUGCCUCCGGGGGAGUCUACGGCACCACCUACACCUCCAGCGAACAGAACCCUUAUCCGUCUAUUGGCAUGGAUUCCUCAGCCUUCUACAGUCCCUUGAGCUCCGGGUAUGGCAUGAAGGACGGCAGUGCGGCUGACGUCUCCACCAUGUAUGGGAGUGGACUAGGUGCCUCUCCCGCCGGCUACUACCCCUACGACCCCACCUUCGCCGCCUACGGGUACGGUGCUGGAUAUGACCUCGCCGCCCGCAGAAAGAACGCCACCAGGGAGUCCACGGCGACCCUGAAGGCGUGGCUAAACGAGCACAAGAAGAACCCGUACCCGACCAAGGGCGAGAAGAUCAUGCUGGCCAUCAUCACUAAGAUGACACUCACGCAGGUAUCCACGUGGUUUGCAAACGCACGUCGGCGACUGAAAAAGGAGAACAAAAUGACGUGGGAGCCCCGGAACAAAACAGACGAUGACGAUGCCAAGCUUUCUGACGACGAGGAUGACGAGAAGGAGCCCGGUGACAAGGAGGACGAUGACAUUAAGAAAGAUGACAAGGACCCAGAUGCCACGAUGACGGAGACCAAAGUGGAGGAAGGUGAAGGCCAGACAGAGCUGAAGUCGUGUGAAGGCGGCGUGGUGGCCAACAGUAAAGCGGUGACGGCUGCCAUCUCCCCCGCCCCGACUCUCCAUACCCCCUUCACUGUGCCGAAGGGAGAGAAGAUCUGGUCGCUGGCAGACACAGCAGCAUGCAAGACUCCUCCACCCACCGGAGGAGUCGGCGGCCCGCCUGGCAGUGGCUGGCUGGCGGGAGGCACAACCUUCCCCCUGCCGCCCACCAUCCCUCCAGCCCAGCAGCAAUACCCGCACAGCACACGAUUCAACCACCUCAUGUCUGGCGUCAACCCCUCACAGUACAUGGGCGGAUACAGUGACGGAGUGGGCACCGACACGCCCCCCCAGACACCGCCCAACGUGAAAGGCCAGCAGGGCCAGCAGGGGCAGGGAGCAGGGCUACUGGGCUCAAGCAGCUUCCUAGGUGGAUCCUCCUCCGGCAGCUACGGCAGCAAUAUGGGCGGCCUUUCCUCCUGCUCUCGUGGCUCCACAGCGCCUCUGUCAGCUCAAGGAGUGGGCGGCGGUGCCUCUGUGGGAGCUGAGGCGGCUCUCCACCAGAGAUAUCAGGGCAAUGUCUCCCACGCCGCCACCCAUGGCACCAAUACAGCAACCUCGCUCUCCAACACCGCCUUCACGCCUGUCUACAAGAAUACCCAGCAGGGAGGCCAGCAGGUACCCCAACAGACGCCGCAAAUGGCGACUCAACAGCAGAUGCCAUGCCAGCAGGCGCAGCAGGUACAAGGGGGCCCCGUCACAGCAGGACCCUACGUGUCGUGAAGCCAGUGUAAUCAGCAGGCUGGUGAUGCUAGUGCCUGGGGCGGCGCACUGGACAGCACACUCCUGCUGCUUGGUGAGACCUACGAUUGUCUCCAACAGCAGUAACAGGCGAGGGGAGAAGAGGCAAGAAAAAGCGCCAACAACUGUAACGGACAAAUUAUCUGCAAUAGCAAAGUCAAGUGCAGCAGCAACAAGAGAAGGAUGAGAGGGAGGGGCAAGCGGGGGAGUGGCGGCGUGGCAGGAGUGGCCGGGUGGAGAUCCAUCAUGGUGAACCGUCUCGUUUGUGAGUCAAAUGAGACGUGUUGGUCAGCCGCGAGGGGUCCCGUGGGGCACAGAGGGGCCCUGGGCAGGGGGAGAGUGGCACCCCUCCCACCAGGGCAUCAAGCACCGGGCGUCCGCCGCUGGUCCGCACCUUACAUCAAGAAGAGGCGAUAAGCAGCGGCGGCACCGACUGCUGCAGUGGCCGCCGUGGGCAAACGGCUUCACCACGGAUUCCAGCAUUCAUCACGCCUCCCACCUCGGCCCUCAAUCACUGCCUGGCCCUGUGCUUGUCUGGUCAAGGUCUUGUGCACCGCUGCCAAUCCUCGUCCCUCCCGAAAACAAAAUGUCGUACAGUUGCGCCCCUCGCCCUCCAGUGGUGCGCAGUGGAGCCUCAGCCUGCUGUUGUUUUAACGAGUUAUGUGCCCCCACCAACAAUGUAUCCACGGCUAAGGAAAAUAAUCCUGGAAACAAAUGCAGUGCAGUGUAUAUUUUUUUGCGAUGAACGCUAACGGCCUGGCACCGCGCUGUAGUGACACAGUAGCGUGGCCUGGAGGGCACCUGUGACCAAAGGGCAUCCAUGCCCCGACUAAACGCCCUAGAGGUCAGUGCCAUCAGUGUUGCUUCUGAAGACAGUGAGUGCCAUGACAUUUGACGCGAAUGUAAUUGACCUGUUACUUUACUUUUACCUUUUCGAUGAAAUUUCCGUUGCUGUCACCGUGGCCGAGUGUUGCCGCCGUGCCCGGCCGUCUACAGGCGACACGCCGGACAGCAGACAAGCACACCAGCAGCAACGCUAUUAAGUUCUCGAAUAAUUUUAUAAAUUUAUAGGUAUUAGGUUGCGAUUCAUUUUAGAGUACCGACGAAGAGUAAUAUUUACUGAAUAUUAUUAUCUGUGAUAUAUAUGUUGACGUAGCUCAAAGAUGCGGCUGCACUAUUGUUAUACAUUUCAUCAGAAAACUCAGUACGUAUAAUUGAACCUGGAGUGCAAUUGCAUGAUCAAUAACAGUGCGUGGUGAGACUACUAACCAGCCGGUGUUUCCUUUGGAGGGACGGUGUAAUUACCAGCUGCCACAGCCUGACUGGUGGGUGUUCGCAAUGAAAAGAACGCCCCCUGAUAGAGGCGAGAAGGGGAAGCACCCCAGGAAGUGUACGUGUUGUUAUCGCCCUUGAACCAUCAAUUGUUUUACUACCCUCAUCCUCUCCAUUGUCACCAUCACUUACGACGCUCACAACAAUUAAAGUGCUGAUGAUCCCAGUGACCGCUACAACAACAGACGCUUAUAUCACAAACCAGCCUGGCGGUGCGGGUCUCCGGCGUGAGGCGUGCGGCGUGGCGGCAGGUGUUGCCAGACGCCCGCCUCGCAGCCUCACGAUCCGCCACCAGGUGUCCCUGAGCCACCGACAUCUUUCGGGACGAAUCUCGGGUGACAGGAAGCAACAGAUCCUCACGAUGCACCGUACAUGUCUCAUCAACCAUGUUAUCGUGUAAUUUGUAAAGCCCCUAAUGAUACAAUUAAGUUUAAAGUCUUUUACUGAAGUUAAUGUGACUCGACGGAUGAUCAGCAUUUUACUCGCAUCCGAACACUGUCACCAUGGACGGGCGAUUUUCACUCUUCAGUUUGUAAACUAUUUUUUUACAACUACUGUUUUCUCUUCAAUGUCACUUUGUGUAUGUUACUGCACAACAAAGAUGAAUUUACUGUAAUGUCACUACAAACUAAGGGUGGAUAUUGCUUGUCACAUUCUGUCGUCAUGCAGCAUUGAUAGUAUAGAGGACUAACCAUAAAGUUAAAAAAAGUGGGAAUCUGGGAAAUUGUGUGACCUUUUUCCGUUAUUAAUCAACACAAGCACUGCGGUGAUAAUGAGGCCUCGACUAAUAUAUAAUAGGAUUGGUCAAUGCUAGAAGCGUCAGUGCGGCACCAUGCUGUGAUGCCGCCCCUCGCUGGCGUCACCAAAUGUUGUCUCUCGAGCACUGGCGGUCCAUGUACCUAAGAGUAACACUGUCAUAUCCAUAUGUGAAAUAUAUUUUUAUGCCAAAUUUAAAUCAGCUGUGUUGUAUAGCAUGCUAACUGGUCUGCUGGACGUUUUGAACACUUGUGGUGAUGAAACUUGCAGCGAAACAGACCCACAGGAGGAUAGUGUUAUAGUCACUCCUGUCUCGGCCACGACUGCGGACUGGCACGGCUGCAUCGCACUGCUGCAGUAACCUUAAGGACGUCCUCGUUACUGUGUUCUGACCCUCAUGUGCCAAACCCGCUCCUUUCCGGGCCAGAUGUGAUCGUGGAUAAAUUUUGCUGUUAUUUUUUAGUACAGAACAGUUCACAGUCGGAGGUGGUGAGGCCUCCAGCACCGCCAGCACCGAACCCUCCCCUCCCCAGUACAGUAAAAACUAAAAUAAAAAAAAAUUGUGAUCUGAGAGUGUCCUGUAAAAAAAGUUGGUGUCAUAUAGCUUCCUUAUUUUUGUUACCUUAAGUUUCACGAACUUUUUUUCUUAUGUGUAACAAAAUUUUCUUAUGUUACCUCCAUUAGGCAACAAAAGUUAUAAUAAAGAUUAAGUUGUUUACUGAACGUAAUUUAAUUUUAUACAGAGUUUUUGAGUGAUAAGUAUAACCCUUCAAGGACGGGAAAGGCUCCUCCCUCCAGUUCCCAGGACCAGGCUAUCCCGACCCGCCCUCAGCCCUUCUUGCGGUCGAGAUAGAACAAGGCUGUAUAUUAAUGAAAAUAAAAUCCCACUAAUGAUGUUUUCAUAGAUUAGUUACAAAUCUAUCUGCAAUGGGUCGACUGUACAUAACUCUGACCAAAACUAGCUUAGAAAUAAUUCAACUAGGCGUAACGCAGUGUCACCGCCCGGCCCGCGCUCAGCCGCUGGGUUCGGAAACAAAUUUUAAAACAGAACCUAAAAUAUCCUGUACUUGUGAGGGGAACUUCACCCCCUCUCCCCCCGACCAAGGGUUACACAGAACUGCUUCAUCUCCCCACAGCUCCAGCCAGCCUCUCCUGUCCAACUACAACUUCACUUAUUCAAUGUUUGUCCAUAAAAAAAAAAAAAAAUAAUAACAAUAAUAAAAAAUUGAGUAAUCGCACGGCCUUUCCGUGAGAACAUUCAAUAGAGGCGCCAUGACCCGCUGCUUGAGGGGAAUCAGCCUCUAUUGAGCCCUCACAGAAGGCUCACGUUGGAGGACCUCGGUGACACACUGACUCAUUUUUUCCUUCUCAUUCUCCUCCCGCUCCCCACCUUUAUCUACUCCUCCUCCUACUCCUCCUCCUCCCACUUCUCCUUUUUUGUCUUCUUUUCCUUCUCCUCCUCACUUGGGUAGCGAAUAUCCAGAUGUGACUCAAAUGUGACUUCCUCAGGAUUGGCUGUUGUAGCUAUUCUUGUGUCCGUUGUUAUGUAACUCUGUCAAGGGCAACCUAACUUGACCUCUAGAAUAGUUAUACGUGGAAGUUGUGUACAUAUUUAACGACAUUCAUACUGAACAAAAUAAAUGAUAAACACGUUUUCUAUGAA